ACCUCCAGCUUUCGCCCCUCGUCGUGGGCUCCAUCUUGCCGUCUCUCUUUCCGUACAAAUACUCCCACUGUUUCAGACAUCCCACCAUUGGCCAGCACGUCUCCACAGCAACCGCCAACGCGCCAACCCACCACCACCACCACUUCGGCCGCCGGCGAUCACCCACCGAUGGACGGCGACACGACGUUCACGAAGCUGUUCGUGGGUGGCCUGGCGUGGCAGACGCAGCGCGACGCGAUGCGGCGCUACUUCGAGCAGUUCGGGGACAUCGCCGAGGCCGUCGUCAUCGCCGACAAGCACACCGGCCGCUCCAGGGGCUACGGAUUUGUGACGUUCAGGGACCCCGAGGCGGCGGCGCGAGCGCUGCAGGACCCGACGCCGGUGAUCGACGGCAGGAGGGCCAACUGCAACCUGGCGGCUCUCGGCGCGUCGCAGCGCCCGCAUCCUGCUGCCGCGCCAGCGCCGGCGCCGUUCGGGAUGGUCAGGUCAAGGCCCGCAGCAGCGUCGUCUUCGUCUUACCAGGGCACUGCCGCUGCCGCAAUGGCACCCUCCUAUUUCCCCCAACAUGCUCAUUACACCUAUCCUUACUACUACGGGUAUUCUCCCGAAAGCAUGUACCAAAUGCAAAUGAGCUACUAUGGUGCGCAUGGUGGCGCCGGUGUCCAGCAGCAGCAGCAACAGCAGUCACAACUGCAGACAUACUAUGCAGCGGCUGGGGCGGAAGGAGGGCAGCAGGGAUUUUCACCAUACUAUCUCCAGCAGAUGCAAGCUGCCGCGAGCAACCAGGAGCAGAGUUCUUCUGCCGCGGCAGUGCAGUACGCUCAGAUGAUGCAGUACGCGGCACACAUGCAGCAGGCGGCGCACGCCAGUCGGCUCCAUGGCACGGCCGUUUCGGACGUGCCCAGUGAUGCAGGUACGAGGAAGGGCGGAACUGCGGCGGCCGUUGGAGGACCGGGCUCGUCUCAAACAUCACCUGAAACAGAUAGGAAGGAGGAGCCCUGAUUUAUCUUCUUGUACCCGAGCAAUUCUCCACGAGUACGACUAACAAGAGUAAAACGAAACAGUAAAUUGUAUCUGUCAACCCCAUUCUUUCGAUUCUAUGUCGAAUAAACUACACUCCUUCCUAAUUCAUCAGGGUAUACAGCCAUUGUCUCUGUA